AGAGCGGAGAGCCGCGCUGGAAUCAUCCCGGGCUGACGCUCACAAGUCCGGGGCCCGGUGCACCCAGGACGCGAUCUUCCCAGAUGUCCUUCACUGCGACGCCGGGACACCACGGACCCUGGGUGCAUCCACAGCGGAGGAUGCGAGCCGGGUCCCGGGCGACGACAUCUCCCCCUCCUGCCUUCGAGAUCUCCAUCCAGAACCGCUUCGCUCCCCUCCGCGAGACAGGACGCGACGCUGUGAUCAUCGGAGACUCCAUCGUCCGACACGUAAGUGCUACGUUAGCCGAAGGUAAAGUGCACACUCAUUGUUUGCCUGGUGCUCGUGUUCUCGAUGUUUCUGCGCAGAUACCCGCGAUCCUGAAGGACGACGAGAGCCCGAGAGCGGUCGUGCUUCACGCCGGGGUUAACGACACCACGCUGCGGCAGACGGAGACGCUGAAGAGGGACUUCAGGAGCCUGAUCGAGACGGUUCGCAGCACGACGCCCGCGGCGACGAUCGUCGUGUCAGGACCACUGCCCACGUAUCGACGAGGACACGAAAGGUUCAGUAGACUUUUUGCUUUAAAUGAAUGGUUGUUGUCAUGGUGUAAAGAACAGAAACUGCUAUUUGUUAAUAACUGGAAUCUUUUCUGGGAGCGUCCUAGACUGUUUCGCGCUGAUGGAUUACACCCCAGUCGAGUCGGAGCGGAGCUUCUCUCUGACAACAUCUCCAGGACACUUUGCUCGAUGUGACUAGUAAGUCAAUUCUCAAAUAACCAUUAUGAUGAGUUUUGUUCCACCCGCUUAAAUGAUAAAAGUACUUGUGCUGUAAAACCUAUUAAGACUGUGUCUGUUCCCAGAAUAGUGAGGUCAAAAUAUAAAUAUAAAUAUAAUGUAGGAUCUAGAAAAAAUCUUAUCGUAAUUAAACCAGAAAAAUGUAAAGUAAAUGAACAAAAACAAUUUUUAAAGUUUGGGCUCAUAAAUAUUAGAUCACUCACACCAAAAGCAGUUAUUGUAAAUGAAAUGAUCACAGAUAAUAGUUUUGAUUUACUCUGCUUGACUGAAACCUGGCUAAAACCAAAUGAUUAUUUUGGUCUAAAUGAGUCUACUCCACCAAACUACUGUUAUAAGCAUGAGCCCCGUCAGACUGGUCGUGGCGGGGGUGUUGCAACAAUAUAUAGUGAUAUUCUCAAUGUUACCCAGAAAACAGGAUACAGGUUUAACUCAUUUGAAAUACUUCUGCUAAAUGUUACUCUGUCAGACAUGCAAAAGAAAUCUAAUGUAUCUCUUGCUCUGGCUACUGUGUAUAGACCACCAGGGCCGUAUACAGAAUUCCUAAAAGAAUUUGCAGAUUUCCUCUCAGACCUUCUAGUUACAGUUGAUAAGGCGCUAAUCAUGGGAGAUUUUAAUAUUCACGUUGAUAAUACAAAUGAUACAUUAGGACUUGCGUUUACUGACCUAAUAAACUCCUUUGGAGUCAAGCAAAAUGUCACCGGGCCCACUCAUCGUUUUAAUCAUUCACUAGAUUUAAUUAUAUCGCAUGGCAUCGAUCUUACUGCUAUAGAUAUUGUACCUCAAAGUGAUGAUAUUACAGACCAUUUCCUCGUAUCGUGCAUGCUGCGUAUAACUGAUAUUAACUAUAUGUCGCAGCGAUACCGUCUGGGCAGAACUAUUGUUCCAGCCACCAAAGACAGAUUCGCAAAUAACCUGCCUGAUCUAUCUCAACUGCUAUUUGUACCCAAAAAUACACAUGAAUUAGACAAAAUUACUGACAACAUGGGCACUAUUUUCUCUAAUACAUUAGAAGCUGUUGCCCCAAUCAAAUUGAAAAAAGUUAGAGAAAAACGUACUGUACCAUGGUAUAACAGUAAUACUCACUCUCUCAAGAAAGUAACUCGUAGUCUUGAACGCAAAUGGAGAAAAACUAACUUAGAAGUUUUUAGAAUUGCAUGGAAAAACAGUAUGUCCAGCUAUAGACAGGCUCUAAAAACUGCUAGGGCAGAGCAUAUACACAAACUCAUUGAAAAUAACCAAAACAAUCCAAGGUUUUUAUUUAACACAGUGGCUAAGUUAACAAAUUACCAGAUGCCACCUGAUUCAAAUAUUCCACCAACGUUAAAUAGUAAUGACUUUAUGAAUUUCUUCAUUGAUAAAAUAGAUAACAUUAGAAAUACAAUAGCGAAUGUAGAUUCUACAGCAUCUAACACUUCAGUUUCAUCCAUCGCACCCAAACAUAAACUGCAGUGCUUUACAACCAUAGGACAGGAGGAGCUAAAUAAACUUAUCACUGUAUCUAAACCAACAACAUGUUUAUUAGAUCCUGUACCCACUAAAUUACUGAAAGAGCUGUUACCUGUAGCCGAAGAACCGCUUCUCAAUAUCAUAAACUCGUCGUUAUCUUUAGGACACGUCCCAAAACCAUUCAAGCUGGCGGUUAUCAAGCCUCUUAUUAAGAAACCAAAACUAGAUCCUAGUGUACUGGCAAAUUAUAGGCCUAUUUCAAAUCUUCCAUUUAUGUCUAAAAUUUUAGAA